UUGAAGGGACCUUUAUUCAGUCGUCUCUGGGCACAGAGCCCUUCGGUCUUUUCAAAGUUAGUGCCAGUCACUGGAAAUCUUUUAGAAGAAGGAUUAGUAUUUCACUGUGCAGCUACGGUGAAAUUUGAUGAAGCACUUCGACUGUCAAUCGAAAUGAACGUUUUGGGUACUCAACGAUUAAUUGCGCUAUGCCAUAUGAUAAGAAAUCUUAGCGUUCUGGUUCAUGUUAGCACAGCUUAUGCAAAUUGUGAUAAAUCUUCAUUAUUUGAACAGAUAUAUCCACCACCUGUACCACCAACUAAACUUUUUGAAGCGAUUGAUUGGAUGGAUGAUCAUAUGAUUAAUGCAAUGACGCCAUUUUUGCUAGGAAAUCGACCGAAUACUUAUACACUGACAAAGGCUUUAGCAGAGGUACAGUUAGCGGAAGAUGCUCUUCAGUUACCCGUCAUAAUUGUCAGACCUUCAAUAAUAGGCGCUAUGUGGCGAGAUCCAUUACCAGGUUGGACCGAUAAUAUAAAUGGACCAACUGGAAUAUUUGCAGCGUGUGGGAAAGGAGUUUUGACAAAUAUGUGUGGCAGUAAUUCAUCAAAAGCCGAUAUUAUUCCUGUUGAUAUUGUUUCCAAUUUGAUAAUUGUUGCAGCAUCAUACAGAUUAAAUCUUAAAUGUGAAAAAAUACCAGUUGUGCAUUGCUGCUCUGGAACUCUAAAUCCAAUUCACUGGGAUCAUAUCGUUAAUUUUCUGCAAUGUUUUUUUCGCGAAUAUCCUUUAGAUCAAUGUUACCGAGUCCCAUCUACUCAUUUUCAUUCUUCACGAUUACUUUUUCUGCUUAAUUUUUAUUUGAAACAUAUGGGACCGGCUUAUAUAAUUGAUUUCUUCUGUGUUCUUACAGGACGAAAGAAGAAAUUCACUCGAAUGUAUGGUAAAGUAUGGAGGAUGGUUGAAACUUUACAUUAUUUUACUACUCGUGGAUGGAAUUUCGAAACAAAUGGACUCCUGGAAAUAUGGAACUCGAUAUCAGAUGAUGAUAAACAAGUAUUUAAUUUCGAUGUAAGGCAGAUAGACUGGGAUUCUUAUCUUUUCGAUUAUUUGAUGGGUAUUAAAAGGUAUAUUCUUGGAGAAAAUUUGGAAGAAUUACCGAGAGCCAGAGGGAAUCUUAUUCGGUUGAAAAUGUAUUCAACACUUUUCAGUGCAAUUUUUUGGUGGUCAGCCAUUCGUCUUUUCGCCAGGUGCGUUUUCUUAUUCCUUAUGAUUUUUUUUGAAUUUUUUGUAUUACCUUAUUAG